AUGUCUGCAUCAGAAUUGCUCCAAGCUCGCAACGAGACAACCACUAGGCUCUAUGCAGACCCUCACAACCCCCACCUCCACCUUGAACGAGGCAUUCAGUAUGAAAAGUUGGGCUUCCCCGACCUCGCCUCUGCAGAUUCAUAUCGUGCGCUAGCACUGCUGGAGUCGGUGGUUGACCCAGAUGAGUGCGAGUUCCAUGCCAGGCGGAAGAUAGACCCUUCCCAGCAGGCUCCCAAAACGGUGGCGAAUGAAUCAGAUGACGAAGACGAAGACAACAGCACUGUGCCUAUCACCCAAGAGGAAUAUGAUGCCAUCAUUGACCAGGUCUAUGUCCUUCUAGUACGCAGUCUCGUCCGCUGCGGCUGCUACCGCGAUGCAUUCGAGUUCGGCGUGCGCGGGUUGGCCCUCCUCGAGAAGAGGUCUGCAACAGCCUCGGUAGCUGCUUUGAACGUGCAGAUGGAUCGUGUGAAGGAAAUAUACAAAUCUCGCAAUGGCUCUGAAACAGAAAACAUCGAUCUAGACUCAAUCGAUCCCAGCGUCCUCCCUGCACAGGGCUUCGCCCGCCGUGUCCUCUAUCCCUGGAAUGGGCACGAGCCUGACCGCCGUUCACCAGAGACUCUCAAAAUACUCAACGAGCGAUUGGCGGUCAUUGCGCCGAAAUGUGAGGUCCGCGCAGUGGCCUUGCCAGUGCUGCAUGCCUCGGCAGAUGACGACUCGUCCGGCAUGGACGUCUCCGUGCAGCUCGGCCUCUUCGCGAAAGAAGAUAUCGCCCCAGACGAAAUCAUCCUCCGCGAGUCUUCACUGCUCACAGCAACCAACCGUCUCCACGACGAUCUCUGCGAUGCAUGCAACGCACCGCUCCCAGAACUGUCCGCGGCCGAGCCCCCCGUCGCCUGCGAGGGUGGCUGUGUAGAUAUCAUCUUCUGCAGCCAGGCAUGCCACGACACAGCGCAGGAGGUUUACCACGGGGCAAUCUGCGGCCUCGAGGAUGGCCUCGACUCUAUCGGCAAGGAUGUCCCCGACCCUAAGGAUAAGGCUGAUUACCUGUACCUUCUUCUGCUUGGCAGAGCCCUCGCCAUGUCCGCCACACAGGACAAGCACCCGCUCGACCUGCCCGAGAUGAAAUAUAUUUGGGGCGAUUUCCAUGAUCUCGAUAUUGAGUCUGUCUCCGCGGAAACAGAGAUAACACCAACCACUGACGAUACCGCCACCCUCCCCUUCUCCUUCCAGCUGAAUGUCCUGCAGCCGGAGCGUUUCCUCGACGAAAUGGGCCUAGAUCCAUACGUCGCGCUCUACCGCUACGAUACCUGGGUUCUAAACACGCUCUUUGCUAAGUUCCGCGGCACGGCAUCAGGCCGACUUUCGACUUGGGAUGGAGGCCCGGAGCUGUGCGCUGUUCAUCCACUGUGGUGCCUUGCGAACCAUUCCUGCGAUCCUAAUGUGACCUGGGAAUGGAGUAGCGAAAUCAAUUUCCGCGUGCGGAGAGACGAUGAGACGGCUGUUUGGUCGCGUGGGCUUGAGAUGAAAGAGCUAAGGCCUGGCGUCACAGCAGUCACCCGAUCCGUGGAUCCACUUCAGAUGAGUGACCUUCAGAAAUCAUUUGCCAAGUCAAAAUUGGCCAAAUUUCCCCCCGAAGCACCAAUGCCUGAGUCAAUGAGCCACUCAGAGGAUGCAUGGGAGGAUGGCUCUUCGGCUUCCUCGCUGUCGUCGACCGGGACGAUGGUCCCGUCACCUACGCGACAGCUAUUCGCCCGAACGGGACGACGACAAUCAUCUCAAACCUCUUUGACAUGGACAGACUUCUUUGACCAGGAACUAUUUCUUCCGGAGGAUGUUGAUAAUCUCCAUAUUUUACACCAUGUCUAUUUAACACCACCGACUGGAUCAGGCCCGCUUUUUGUCAUGCACCAUGGGGCCGGUUCAUCUGGACUUUCCUUCGCGACGUGCGCAGAAGAGAUCCGGAAGAUCCUCCCAAAGGCGGGGAUCUUGUCCCUAGAUGCUCGAAGCCAUGGCCGCACUGUCGUUACCACAUUGGACAGUGAGAUAGAUGAUGGAGCUCCUUCUACGGCGGCUGCAGCCCAGGUUGAGGCCUCGGGAAACGUUGAGCUCGACCUCAGUCUUGAGACCCUGAGCCGGGAUCUAGUCCAUGUGAUCUACCAGACACAAGCUAGGAUGGGUUGGGAGAACCUCCCUGAUAUAGUUCUAGUUGGACACAGUCUAGGCGGUGCGGUGAUUACAGAUGUCGCGAAGAGAGGAGAGCUGGGUCAGAAGCUAUUGGCAUACGCGGUGUUCGACGUAGUUGAAGGAUCUGCAAUGGAUGCUCUCCAGAGCAUGGAGAAAUAUCUUUCGACUCGUCCGACCCGAUUCCCAUCCCUGCUAUCUGGAAUUGAAUGGCAUACUCGCUCUCGCACAAUCCGGAACACCACUUCCGCUCGCGCCUCGGUUCCCUCCCUCUUAUACGAAGAAAGCGAGCCUAGCGACCCGUCCCGCCCUUGGGUUUGGCGCACUAACCUCUCCGCAACGAAACCUUUUUGGGAAAACUGGUUUGUUGGCUUGAGCAGAAAGUUUCUCGAUGCAAGAGGUGGCAAGCUAUUACUACUUGCUGGGACCGACAGAUUGGAUAAAGAGUUGAUGAUCGGACAGAUGCAAGGCAAAUACCAACUCCAGGUCUUCCCCGAAGCAGGCCACUUCGUCCAUGAGGAUCAGCCUGCAAAGACUGCGCAGAUCUUAGCGGAUUUUUACCGACGAAACGACCGGAGUGCAUUGGUGCUUCCGCCCAAGGUGGCGGAUAUGCAGGCAUCAGCGGCGAUGAAGAAGGGAACUGGUGCUCCUGGUGGCUCAACAGCGCACCAGAGGUAG